AGCCGUUUUAGCUCAAGCCAAUUCGCAUCAAGUUCCUCUACGGUUUUUGGUCACGCCAAUUCAGGCAUCUCGCACUUGCUUGUAUCAGUGCCGAUGGUGCUUCGCCGCUGCUUGCUCUUGCUUGUCGUGGUCAUGCCAGUACGGGCGACUACGUGCGGCGCAAAGAGUAGGUCCACUGUGGAGGCAGCCAGCGGGCGCAUCGUUGGGGGGCAGAACGCAGCCAAGUGUGAGUGGAAGUGGCAGGUCUCCCUCUCUGACGGGGGGUUCCACUUCUGCGGGGGAACGCUCAUCGCACCGAAUUGGGUCCUGACGGCUGCUCACUGUAUGGGGGGCUCGUUCGACGUCGUGGCGGGCAGCUGGAGACAGUACAGAACAGAUUCGGAACAGGUGACGCUGGCGGUGAAACGCGUGAUUCCACAUCCGCUCUACAACGCUCAGGACGAUUCGCACGAUUUUGCCCUAGUGGAGUUGGAAGAUGCCGCGCCAUUGAAUGAUUGCAUUGGGGUCGCAUGCUUGCCAACUGAGGACGUCGCUGUCGGUGAGGAGUGCUUCAUCACCGGGUGGGGUACACUCUCCUCGGGGGGGAACUCCCCUAACAAGCUGCAGGAGGCGCAGGUGACGAUCUACAGCAAUGCAGACUGCGAUUCUGCAUACAGCAAUUUCGGUUGGACGAUCACCGAUGACAUGUUGUGCGCGCAGGGCACGAACAACCAAGGGGAAAACACCGACGCCUGUCAAGGGGAUAGCGGCGGGCCCCUCGUCUGCGAUUCCGGCAGCGGUGUUUACGUCCUGCACGGAGCCACUUCGUGGGGCUACGGGUGUGCCGUUUCAGGGUACCCUGGAGUUUGGAGUCGGGUCAACUAUGUGCGUGACUGGAUCGACAACGAGAUGUUGGGUGCGCCAACACCAGCGCCACUUGCCGUAUGCAGCAACGGCGGCGGAUGGGGGCGGCGGCGGCGGAGUUGCGGUCCCCUGUGCGGAGGUGGCGGGCGGCGGCGGUCGUCGUGCGUUCUCGGGCCAGUGGCAGCGCCAACACCGGCACCAGCGCCAACACCAGCGCCAACACCAGCGCCAACACCAGCGCCAACAGCGCCACUUGCCGUAUGCAGCAACGGCGGCGGAUGGGGGCGGCGGCGGCGGAGUUGCGGUCCCCUGUGCGGAGGUGGCGGGCGGCGGCGGUCGUCGUGCGUUCUCGGGCCAGUGGCAGCGCCAACACCGGCACCAGCGCCCCUCACGUGCGGCGCAAAGAGUAGGUCCACUGUGGAGGCAGCCAGCGGGCGCAUCGUUGGGGGGCAGAACGCAGCCAAGUGUGAGUGGAAGUGGCAGGUCUCCCUCUCUGACGGGGGGUUCCACUUCUGCGGGGGAACGCUCAUCGCACCGAAUUGGGUCCUGACGGCUGCUCACUGUAUGGGGGGCUCGUUCGACGUCGUGGCGGGCAGCUGGAGACAGUACAGAACAGAUUCGGAACAGGUGACGCUGGCGGUGAAACGCGUGAUUCCACAUCCGCUCUACAACGCUCAGGACGAUUCGCACGAUUUUGCCCUAGUGGAGUUGGAAGAUGCCGCGCCAUUGAAUGAUUGCAUUGGGGUCGCAUGCUUGCCAACUGAGGACGUCGCUGUCGGUGAGGAGUGCUUCAUCACUGGGUGGGGUACACUCUCCUCGGGGGGGAACUCCCCUAACAAGCUGCAGGAGGCGCAGGUGACGAUCUACAGCAAUGCAGACUGCGAUUCUGCAUACAGCAAUUUCGGUUGGACGAUCACCGAUGACAUGUUGUGCGCGCAGGGUACGAACAACCAAGGGGAAAACACCGACGCCUGUCAAGGGGAUAGCGGCGGGCCCCUCGUCUGCGAUUCCGGCAGCGGUGUUUACGUCCUGCACGGAGCCACUUCGUGGGGCUACGGGUGUGCCGUUUCAGGGUACCCUGGAGUUUGGAGUCGGGUCAACUAUGUGCGUGACUGGAUCGACAACGAGAUGUUUGGUCGGCGUCUGGUUAAUGGGAGCGACUCCCAGGCAGACGACCUCGACUGGAACGACGAGUUGGCAGUGGUGCCAGAGGUCAGGCAGGUCAGCAAUGUGGGCACCGAUCUCUUCUACGCGUAGCUUCGUGCAUCCGCCCAGCACGCUGAAGAGGAAGAGCGCCAGCGCGAGCGCGAAGUGAGGUACCGUCGGUCCCGCAGUUUAAGGGCGCACGGGGGAUGUGGGGGUGUGAGCUUGCGGU